CUUGUAUUCUCCUCCCUACCACCAAGAGCACCACUAUUUUCUCAUUUUGUGUCUCUCACCAACAAGAUCAACCUCUAAACAUACACCAUCUCUCAAGACCCCUGCUGGCCAGUCAGUCAUGGUACAACUCAACACCUUCCUCCCUCUCGCCGCACUGGCAUUCCCCCUCCUCACCUCCGCCUCCGAUGUCCUCAACCUGAUCCCAUCCAACUUCGACAAAGUCGUAUUUCAAUCCGGCAAGCCCGCACUAGUUGAAUUCUUCGCCCCUUGGUGCGGUCAUUGCAAGAACCUCGCUCCCGUCUAUGAAGAACUCGCCACUGCAUUCGCAGCUUCUGGAAACAAGGUAUCCAUCGCCAACGUCAAUGCCGAUGAGCAUAAGAGUCUCGGAAAGAGAUUUGGUGUUCAGGGAUUUCCUACCCUGAAAUGGUUCGACGGUACACCUAAUGCAGAACCGCAAGAUUAUAAUGGUGGACGAGAUCUAGAGAGUUUGACGGCAUUUGUUUCGGAAAAGUCUGGUGUCAAGGCAAAGGGACCUAAAAAGGCUCCUAGCCAUGUGGAGAUGUUGACCGAUACGACGUUUCCUCAGGAGAUUGGUGGGGAUAAAGAUGUUCUCGUGGCUUUUACUGCCCCAUGGUGUGGUCAUUGCAAGAGCCUCGCACCAACCUGGGAAAAGGUCGCCGCGGACUUCGCUUCUGAACCACAAGUCCUGAUCGCCAAAGUCGAUGCCGAAGCCGAAAACUCCAAAUCUCUCGCCCAAAGCCAAGGCAUUACCGGCUACCCUACUAUCAAAUUCUUCCCCAAGGGAGCCACCGAACCAGAAACCUACAGCGGCGGUCGUAGUGAAGAUGCUCUUGUCGACUUCAUCAACAGCAAAGCCGGCACUUUCCGUGUCGCAGGCGGAGGAUUGAACACCAAGGCCGGCACCGUCGAGGUCAUUGACUCAGUGCUUUCUAAAUACAUCACAGCGAAUGGAAUCAAGGAUGUGGAAAAGGCUACGGCCGAGAUUAAAAAGGUGGCUGCUGAUAUCAAGGAUAAGUCUGUGGAGUACUAUCUCCGUGCAUUGUCGAAAUUGACUGGAAAUCCUGAGUAUGCUCUUAAGGAGCAGACGAGGUUGGCAGGGCUUUUGAAGAAGGGUGGUUUGGCGCCGGAGAAGAUUGAUGAUUUGCAAAAGAGGAGUAACAUCCUGGCGAAGUUUUUGGUCAAGGAUCAGGCGAAGAGUGAAUUGUAGGAUUGGGAAUCUUUGUUGGUGCAAUGAAAUUCCCACAACCAGGGGCUUCAUCGGAAUCCACCACGAUCUCGGCCUUGUGUCAUGUUCAUGGCAUGAAGGCUGUCUGAGUGAUUGGAUCUGCGCCCAACGACACACGCUGAUGACAACCUGAUAAGGUGAACAGGCGCUGUCAUAUAUAUACAUCUGGAGGCGUUCCGAGACAGGAUCAAAAAAAGAAAACCUUAAGCCUAACAGAAUCGAGCUGAUAUUUGACUGCUCUUGUCUUGCCUUUUC